UCACUAUCACUAUCACAUCGGCAGUAUGCAAAUUGGAGAUAAGUUUGGUGGUGAUAGAUAAUUUCAGUAAAAUCAAUGUUGUUAAUUUAUAACUAUUGUAAAUAAUACGAUCCAACUAAUCGUCUAAGUCUCACCACUAUGCGCUUGUCUCAAGAGUUACCAUAGUCAAAAUGAGUAUUAUAUUAUUGAUAGGCCUACACUAAUAAUUGUCAAUAAUUCACUUUCGUCAAUGGAUAAGAUUUGUUAUGAUACAAAUUAUGUCUCAAAUGCAGAGAAUUACAUUGAAAGCGAAAUUCCGGAUCAAAAUGUAGGCCUAACAGAAGAUAAUACCUUUCCGGAUUGCACAAGCAACUGCAGUUCUUCUUCUAAAGAGGUCCUUUCAAUCAAAACAGAACCCAUUGAUGAUUAUGAAGAAUGUGCCGAAGAAGACAGUGAUUUUCCUCUUGACGUUCAGAUAUCUGAACCAGAAGAAAACAGUGGUGAGAAUGAAAAAAGUGACAUAGAAUGUGAAGAAUUGUCAGAACUACCGGUUAAAACUGAACUUAUUGAAUGUAAAGAAGAAUGCCAAGCUCUUGAUGACGAGAACAACACUAAUCCAUUCAUUAAGGCGGAACCUCUUGAAGAGGGGUAUGAAGAUCGCGUAAAUGAUUUCAUUCAAAUUGUUACCAAAGAAAAACUUCCAGUUCAAAUGUUUUCCAGUGAUGAUACAGUCACAAAUUGUUCUGAAGAAAAUGAAGCUGAAAGUGGUCAUUUUCUGUCUCAGAUUAAGCCAAAGCGACUCCGCGGUGGGAUGCUGCAAUGUGCCAAGUGUUUGGCCAAGUUCAAGUACAAAAGUACGUACGAUUACCACGUCAAGUCCGCCUGUGGUACUAAGAUGAUCGCCCGUGACCAUCUGGUGAAAAAGUCUGGGAAGAAGAACCAGUUUGAUUGCAACGUUUGUCAUAAGAGACUGUCAAGUAGGACUAGCCUCAUGGUUCACAUGCGUAUACACACAGGGGAGAGACCAUUUGCUUGUGACAUCUGCAGUCGGUCGUUCUACCAGAAAGCGCAUCUCAAAGAUCACAUAAAUAGCCAUUUGUCCGGCAAACCUAUGAGUCCACUCUACUACACGUGCGCAGAGUGCGGGAACGUCUACCCUACAAAAUCUCAGCUUACUUCGCACAUGAACGUUCACUUUGGCGACAGGGUGUUCGGGUGUAACGUAUGUCACAAACGCUUCCGCACACGGUCGAACCUGAGCAACCACAAAAUGAUUCAUUCGGGGAGAAAGCCGCACUGCUGUACAGUUUGUGGUAAAGAUUUCCUACGCAAACCCAGUCUGGACGACCACAUGAGGAUACACACCCAGGAGAAACCCUUCGAAUGUGAGAUCUGCGGGAAACGGUUCGCCGAGAAGACGCGGAGAAAUACACACGUCAAACGACACACUGGGGAAUUGACGCAAGUUUGUCCGACGUGCGGGAAAAAGUUUGCUGGCUCUUACGAUCUGAGAGUUCACCAGAGAAUGCACACUGGGGAGAAGCCAUUUUCCUGUAACAUCUGUGGCCGAAUGUUCAACCGCAAGUCCAUCAUGGAGACUCACAUGACAAUACACACGGGACGGAAGGACUUUGUGUGUACGGAGUGUGGAGAAGCGUUCAACCGAAAGUCCAAGCUGGACAUUCACCUGACGACUCACACGGGCGAGAAGUUCUUCUGUGAGAUUUGCCACAGAGUGUUCAAGUGUAAAGCGUAUCUCGUCCCACACAUUCGGACACACUUCGGCAUCAGCCGUAUGAGAGGGAAGACCUGCAAAUGUCUUCUGUGUCGACAGGAGUUCCCGAACCACCAGCUGUUGCAAGAUCAUCUGGCCAAGACACACCCCACAUUGUUCCAACCCCCCUCCCCUGCCUCAGCCCCUCCUCCAAUCACGUUUGUCAAGGUAGAGUCCGAUCAGUAAUGUUUUUUACGCUAAAGGUGUGUUAGGUAUUGAGUAUCUGAAUGUGCUUUUACACUGGGCAAUGAGUGAAGGGACUAUCGUUAACUUAAGUUUGUGUAUUAUCAAUCAAAAAUAACCUUAGAUUAUUUAAGAAUCAACCCACAACCUAAUCAAAUAAAUAUAAUCAAGUUUUAAAGCUGGCUGAUAAGAUGAGUUGUAUGUUUACUAUUUGAUCAGAAAUUUGCUAGUUCAGUCCUCUUUGAGUUGAGCUUUUUGAUGCUUUUUAAAACUGGUAUCAGCUGUUGUUAUUAUGUUAUAGGUUAAUUUUAUUGUCUAAAGAAACAGCUGGUCUUAUUAAAAUUAAAGCUACACUAGAUAUGUAUCUCCGUCUACACUAGUCCAUGUACUAAACAACAUCAGACUACACAGUGAUUUUUAUUAUAAAAGGCGGCCUAUACACUAUACAGUGCAGUUUACAGGAAAUUGAGCAUCCAUAUCAGAAAUCAUAUGUACAUAUCUGUUAUUUGAUUUUCUACAAUUAUUAUUCAUCAGUGUUUCUAAAACGUUUCCAAAUGUUGUCUGACACGAUUAAGAGUUAUUGACAGGAGCAGGUGUCAUGUGCUUAUCAAAAAGUCAUGUCAUGUGCAUUGCCAAAAGGAUUUUUUUUUGUCUGAAAGGGCUUUUGCUUGGUGAUCAUUGAUUAAAAUAUGACAUACCUUGGCCAUAUGGUUUUACAGUUACUUUUGUUGUUUUGUUACGGAUGAAAUCCAGCUGAUUUUUUUACCAAGAAAUUAGGUUAGACCAAAAGUAUGCAAUUAUGUUUUUUUUGGGAAUGAUUUUUCUCAAACUCUCUAUCACGAAUACUAGAAAAAUACUGGUAUGGAUCAUAAACAUAAAAAAUGACGUUUUUGGCCUGAAAAUAAACAAAACCCCUAUACUAAUAGCAUUAUUAACACAUGGUUUUGUUUACUUUCGGGCCAAAAACUUCAUUUGUUUAUGUUUAUGAUCUAUACCGGGUCUUUUCUAGUAUUCGUGCUCUUUACUAAUAGUAAAUAUUUUCUUUUACUCCAUCGCAUGAAGAAUAUAUCAUUCCGGUUUUGUACUUUCAUAUUUCUUUACUCAUAUUCUCACAUUUUUGUUUAUAGUUGGGUAAAAACAUAUUUGUUACUCAAUGAAUUUGUAUUUACUUUUUGACAAUUUUCACUUUGCCCAGUCUUUCCCAUGAGUGUCUUCCUUUAGAGCAAGGCCUUGUUUACUUGUGUUAGAAAUGUAUUGAGGUAUUGAUACAGUUAGAAUCUCAAAAGCAUCGUUUCUUCAUUUCUUUAAGAUAUUUAGUUUUUAAGUAAUGUAAUAGAAACCUACUAGUCAAUAUUUAGUCUUGAUAAUUUUUGAUGGAAACACUAAUGGUUCUUCUUCUCCGUGAUAAUUAUGUUCAGUUUGUGUAGAUCUUUUAAAGGCUUGCGUUUUUCAAACUGAAAAGUUGAAAAGGAAACAUUCUUAUUGUUACAUACAUUGUUAAUUGCUAGUUUGUAUUGAUCACUAUUCAUAGUCAUACAUAUGUGCCGUACCAAGUGCAAUAUAGUUUUGGUUUCAUUAUGUUCCUAUAGCUCGGGUAUUGAGUACUUUAUAAAAUAGUCAGUAUAUUUUCAUGUUUAUAUAUUUCAAUUUAAGUUGAAGAUAAAGUACUAUUUCAGUUACCGGUACCACAGUAAGACUUAUUUUAAUGUCAUGUAGCUAGUGUUGUGCAUUUUUUUUUUUUGUCAACACUAAAGAGUUAGUUAAUGGUUGGUUUUCAAGUUUACUUGUAUUGUGAUUUUUGUUUGUUUUCUAGUCGAUAUGUUAGUCAUUUUUCUAGGCCUAUAUAUUUAUACAAUACAAUUGUAUAGUUUUUGUUCCUAUUAUGCUUAUUGUUGACGUUUGUGUAUUGCUAUAUGGGAGAAGUAGUGUUUAUUGUGUUCCGUGUUUACCAAUUACUUAACUUAGUUCUCUUAAGUUAUUGAAUAAAACUUUUGUUAUAGCAAGUGAUGUGCACUUUGAUACCUCGUAGUAGUAUAAGUUGAUUUUGGAUAUAACCUAU